AUAUAAUUUACUUCAAUGGUCUUGAAAUUAUUACUUCUGAUUCCAUUGAUUCCUUUGCUUCAACCUUAUCGAAAAGAACAAAAGUAUUGAAUCGAGUUCCUAAUUAUAGUUCUGUAGGUGAAAACUGAUCGCAUUUUCGUUUUAUUUCCAUGACAAAUAAGAGAACUGUGAACAGUUUAGACAACUACUGAAACGUAGAAAGUAAAACUUCUAACUAAACAAACGUAACUAAAAUGAUCAUCUCCGCUAGCAUCAGCAAGACUUGAGUCUAAAACCAACUUUAAACUAAUCACUGAAAAAAAACUAAAAAUCAUGGAUCAGAGAUUUUGCAAGUUAAAACUUCAAAAAGUACAAAUCAGUCGGUAAUUAAUAACCAGAAUGAUGUUGUGUACUCUACAAAGUAGCACUUUGUCGGUCGGUUGAUAUAAUUUAAUUAGAUCUAUGAACUAAAGAACAUGAAUUUAGUCCUACAAAUCAGUUGUCAGUUAGAAUAUUGAUAAAAUUUUCGAGUUUACCACUGGAUAAUGUUGGUUCAUAACUCACAUGGUGAAUAUUUUUUCUAAAGUUAAUAGAUUUGAUGACUGACACAAAGUUAUAAUACAGGCGUUCCUAAUGAUUUGCACCACUCAUCUAUCGUCCGUGGCAAAACUUAUUGAUUCGCUUAGUAUAACAUUAGAAAACUUGAAACAUUAACAAUUAAAUCAGCUGAUAACAGAUAAAGUCAUUACUACUACAAACGAAUCAUCAAAAGAAAUUUAUAUUUCGGCAAAUUAAAGGAGCCAAUGGAUUGUAAUACGAUUCUUUAAAUCAUCAAAAUAGUGAAAAAACAAACAAACAAAAUAUCUUACGAAUAUUUCAUGAAAUAUUAAUUUGAUCCUCUAGAUGAUCAUUGGUAAAGUGUCUAUUGUUUAAGUGUUUGUCACAAUGAUCACAGUUGAAUUUAUUCAAUAGUAAAAAUCUUUGAUUCGGGCUUGAAUGUAUUCUAUGCUAUUGUGAUCCACUUAACAUUUUGUUUAUUAUUUGACAAUAUUAAUUUAAAUGAUAUUUUAUUGCAUUCAUCUAGAUUAAAUAAUGGCAAACAUACUAUUUACGCUUGUACUGUUUUCUGUGAACGUCGUAGUUGGGGUAGUUGGAUUAGCAUUAGCUAUACUUGGUGGUUUAAUGACCUGGUCGAAAUCUGCAACUACACGAACAUUCGGUGAAAUAUGGGGUAGAUACCUUGAGAAAAUGAAUUUAACAAAUACAUCCAGUGAACAAACUAUUGUUGAUGUGACAUUAAAGAUGAGUGGUCAUUACAGUCGACCUAUAUUUGCGAUUGGUUUGAUUAUACUUAUAAUCUGUAUUGCUGGAAUUUUGGGAUCAUGUUGUAAAAGUUCAUUAUGUUUAAAAAUUUACAUUGCAGCUAUUUCUAUCUUUAUAAUUACACAUAUCAUUAUAUUGAUCGUUUAUUUUGCAAGUAAACAACAACCUCAUAAAUUUUUAAUUCAAUUUUUGAAUUAUUCAAUUCAUGAAUAUGUAAGUAUUUCCAGUGGUGAUCCGAAUAGUAUCUUAAUGGGUCUUAUCAUGAUGAAGUUAAAUUGUUGUGGAGCCAGAAAUGGAAGUGAUUUUUACCAUCCAGUUAAAUUUGACAGGACGGAUGUUUGGAAUGGUGUAACAUAUACAAAUUUGAAAUAUCCAGUACCAUGUUGUAGAUUUAAUGGAAAUCUUGAAAUACAAGAUGAAUCAUGCCCUAAAAGUUUUAAAAUUUCCAAUAUACAUAAUGGAUGCUUAAAACCAUUACAUCGACUCUUAACAUAUUACGUUGAUAUAGCAGCAUAUCUAUCAUUGAUGCUUUUAUUAUGUGAAAUCAUAAUAUUCCUAAUGGCUAUAUUGAUAAAUAAAAGGAGGUAA